AUGUUGCGCGCUAUAGUCGCUGUUGUGGCUUUGCUUCUGGCUGCUGUCGCCUACUAUGUUGAUGAUCUUAUCAAGAAGAGAAAGCAGUUGGACGGCUUGGUGAGUAUCACCCCUCCACCUGCAGGCUCAGAGUUGCAGCGUGUCAUGCACGCCAGUAUGCUGAUGCGCCUCGCCCUCGCAGCCACAACCGCCAAUGCUGAACAAACUGGUCGGCCACCUUCACAUUGCCGGCGAACUCACAAAAAUCUUCCCGAAUAA